AUGACCAACCAGUUUAAUGAUCAAUUGAAAAUCAAUAAAGUUCACACUUCAAGUUCUAGAGGUUAUGAAUUAGGAUCUACCAAUGCAACUUGGAAAAAAAUCAAACAAGCUACUAAUAUCCCUGUUGAUAAAUCGUUACUUGAGGAAGAAACAAUCGUUGUAAAUGGUAAAUUAGGAGAAUUGUUAAUUAUUUUCCCUAUUUCAAAAGUCUUAGAAGUUUGGUAUUGGAUACCUCCUAGUGAUAAUUCAAUUACCAAAGAUUUUAGUGGUGAUACUUUAUAUUUUUAUGGUCAAUACGAUAUCGCUUAUUUUGAUGACAAUAAAGAUGCCAUUCAAUUGAUUGAGGACGAAGAGGAUUAUGAAGACAAUUCAAUCAAAUCUUUGGAUAUAAUUGAUGGCGAUUUGAAUAAUGGCUACACAAUGUUGGUUUCUUACAAUUCUUUGAAAUUACAAAUCCAAUUCCUCGAUGUUACAUCUUCUGAAACAUCCUUAAUUCAAAAUUUGCAAUUGCCUGAAUUUUUGCAAUCCAAGAGUUACUCAGUUAAAUUGAAUUCAAAGUUUAUUAUCGUUGGUGAUAACAAUGGAUUUAUGUAUGUGUUCAAAUAUGACUCAGCUUUAAAAAAGUUCAUACCAGCAAAUGCCAAUGAUGGAUUAAAAAACUUGAAGAAGAAUACGUGUUUACCAAUUUUAAGGAAACAUAAUUUUAUUUCUAAAUUAUCUGAUAGGGAAAUAUUGUUUAAAACCAGUUGUCUGAAUGAUAAACCUAUUUUUGAUUUGAAUAACAAUUGGUUAGUAUAUUCUCCUACUAAAAUCGAGUAUAACCAAAUCAAAAUUGACAAUGAAAAUCAAGUUGAUAAUUUGUUAACUCCUGUUAAAUUACCAACUAAUUCUAGGCCAUUAUUGAACACUGUUUUGGAGAGUAUUUCUAAUACUGCAUUAGAUCAAUUAUUCAAGUUUUCUAAAUUUUCUACUACGAAAUUAUCAGAAUAUUUUAAACCAAAGGAUGAAGAUAAAAAAGAUCACGAUGAAUUGAGUCUCAAAAAUCUAACCAAAUCAUUGAAUAAGAUUUUCAAUUCAACUAUAAGUUCCAUCAAUGAAACCACUAAUCAAUUAUUUAAAAUCAGUGAUAAUCAAUUGAUAAAAAUUGUCGAUUUAUCAAAUGAUAAGAUCCUUACCAUUUUCAAGUCACCGGAUGGAAUUUCAAAUUUAUCAUUAUCACCAUAUGACCUACAGUUAAUUAAUUGUAAUUUGAGAGGUGAUAAUUUUUUCAUUUGGGAUUUGAUCAAAUUGCCCCAACAAGUAUCCUUACUAGGAAAGUUCUCAAGAGGUAAAACUUCAGGUAUCAUAGAUGACAUUUUUUGGUUUAUCAACAACAAUGAUGAAAAUUCAAAUGAUUUAUAUAAAGGUAUAAAUUCAGGUUUUGGAACUAUAAACUCAAAAACAGGGUCCAUCCAUUGGUUCAAUAUCAAUUAUUUAUUGGGUAAUUUGAAUAAUAAUUUACCAAACUAUUUGGGUAAAGAAUUCCCCAUCAAUAGUAUGCAUAUAAAGAAUAAAGAAUUCAUGAACAAUUGGAUUUUAUCCAGUUCAACUAAAUAUAAGAAGUUUUUCAAAUUACCUAAUUUAUCAAAUUUGAAUAAUAAUAAUUUCAACCAAUUGAGUCAGUUGGCAGUUCUAGAUGAUAGUAAUCAAUUGAAAUUGAUUUCUCCUUUAAAUGGUAAUAAUUGUUUCAAAUUCGAAUUACCAAUCAACAAGAUCAAUCCUGAUUUGAAAACGACCAUUUCCAGUUCUAAAAUACCUGAAUUUGAUGAUGUAAUCAAAACACUUAAAGUUGAUUGCAAUAGGAAUAACAAUUCCAUAUCUCAAAUUGAAAUUGAAACUUGUAAGCCGUUCAAACAUUUGAUCAAUUUCAAGAAUAUCGAAUUUGCAGUUUAUGAUUUUCAAAGUGACAAAUCUGACGAUAUUAAUUUCGAUGAUUACUAUCAAAUGUUCAAUAAUUCAAUACCCAGUAAGAAGAUUCAAAUCGAGAAUACUUCUGCUAGUGUUAAUGAUGUAGCACAAGAGAACGAAUUUGUUGAACGUUUAGUGGAUGAUUUAUUCUUUGAAUAA